GACGUCUUGGGAGGCAUCGGUUCGGCGAAGCGAAGUACUCCCGGAGACGAACGGUUUGCGCGAGCACAAGCGGCGGUGGUCCACGAGAUUGGUUGGACACUGGGACAAGUACGACGACGGGGCGAAGCAUCAUUCGGAGAGAUUAGCAGAUUUUCUCCGCUGUGUGCCGUGGUGGCCCGGCCGUCGAAAACCCUCCAAACGCUGGAGACGGCGCUACAUGCUGCUGAGAUUCCGACUGUGCAAGAGGAACCCUCAGCUCAAGCGGAGCUGCAGGCUCCUGUUUCUGACCGGGGCCUCAGAUGA